CUCUAUAAAUUUCAUUGGCUGCAGCCAUGCGAAACCCUAGAACUCGAUCUCCAUGGCCCUCGACGCCGACAUUAAGACGGUGCUCUGGACCGAGGCCGACAUUGCCACCCGCGUCGCUGAGCUCGCUUCCCAGAUCUCCGAUGACUUCCUUGGCUCGUCAUCCUCUCUAGUCGCCGUCGGCGUUGCCACUGGGGCGUUCCUCUUCCUUGCCGAUGUUGUGAGACGGAUCAAACUUCCUAUUGAGGUUGAUUUCAUACGAGCUGAGUCAUAUGGGGCUGGGACUGAGUCUAGUGGCGCUCUGAGAAUCUCUUGUGAUCUCAAGAUCGAUGUCGCCGGGAAGCACGUUAUUUUGGUUGAGGACAUUGUAGACACAGGAAAUACUCUUUUGUGCCUCAUUGCUCACUUGGAGUCUAAAGGGGCUUCCUCUGUAUCUGUUUGUGCUUUGCUUAAUAAAGCUGCAAGAAGGAAAGUUGAACUAAAGCUGGUUGGAGAAGGAAAGUUUUACUGUGGGUUUGAGUGCCCGGAUUACUUUGUCGUAGGUUAUGGCAUGGAUUUUGCUGAACUUUACAGGAACUUGCCUUAUGUUGGUGUGCUUAAGCCUGAAAUGUAUAAGUGAAUGUUCUUUUGUUCACACGGCUUCUAACUUCAGAAUACCAUUAUUUUAUCCAAUGACAAAUGUAUAAGCGAAUUUACUUUAGGCCUGCUCAAACCUGAACUGUGUUAAGUGCAUGUACUUUUGUUCAUGUGGGUUCUAACUUUGGAAUUCCAUUGUUUUAUCCAGUGAUAUAUCUUAGUACAAAUUAUGAAAUAUAUGUAGAUUAUGGAUCUAUAUUAAUCUCUUUAAUUUGAUUUUCA